UCCAGCAUGGUCUGCAUGAGAAACAUGGCGACCUGCAUCAGUUUGGUUGCAAGAGUUAGAGGCGUCGCUCUGACAGUGUUACAACCGAUACGCGGACAGUUGUUCUCCAGGCGGAGGGGCGGCGGUAAUGUCCCGCAUCGCCUCCGGCAUGGAGCCCGCAGCAGUCUGUACGAGCAUGUCCGUGAAGGCUACAGCGACAAGCCUGAGCUGGACAUGGGAGCGGUGUGCGAGGAGACCCACAAAGUCAUUGCUAAUGUGGAGAACAGGAAGGGCGACCUGCGAGGGGACGAUGUCAGGAAAAUUGUGAGAGUGUGGCAGGAGCUCCAAGCUGUGAGGACAGAAAUCUUUGAGUUGGAAGAGGAGAAAAGAUGCAUCAGUGAGACAGUCAGAACUCUUGUGAACCAAAACGACAAGAAGGUCCUCGCUAAUCUUCCAGAGUUCACCCAGGCCCUGCAGAAGGGCCGGGACAUCCGCAACAGACUGAACCAGCUCUACCUUAGAGACACCGAACUGGACCAGGAGCAUUACAGCCGAGCGCUCCGACUGCCCAACAACACACACCCUGACGUGCCAGUCGGAGAUGAGAGCCAGGCUAAGGUGGUGGAGUUGGUUGGAAAGAAAGCAGAAUUUGACUUUAAGCCAAGAGGCCACGUAGAGCUCGGUGAGGCAUUGGGCCUCAUCCGGCAGAGGCAUUUGUCUCACGUCUCCGGUCAUCGGUCCUAUUAUUUAAGAGGAGCGGGGGCAAAACUUCAAAUCGCACUCCAGAAUUUUGCUCUCGACACGUUGCAGCGACGGGGCUUCGUUCCCAUGGUUGUGCCCGACAUGCUGAAGGGAGUGGUGUUUGAGGGUUGUGGGAUGCAGCCAAACGCCCACAUCUCUCAGGUCUACUCCCUGGACCCGGCACGAUUCCCAGACCUCAACCUGGCUGGGACAGGCGAGGUCGGGGUGGCAGGUUAUUUCAUGGAUCAUGCAGUAAACUGGAAGGACCUGCCAGUCAGGACAGUGUGCAGCAGCACCUGCUACAGGGCCGAGACGGACACCGGCAGAGAGACGUGGGGACUUUACAGAGUCCAUCACUUCAAUAAGGUUGAGAUGUUUGGAGUGACGGCUAAUGAGACGGGACAGGAGAGCUCACAGCUGCUGGAGGACUUCGUCUCCUUGCAGAAGGAGAUGUUUUCUGCGCUGGAGCUUCACUACAGAGUGCUGGACAUGCCCACUGAGGAGCUGGGCCUUCCCGCCUACAGGAAGUAUGACAUUGAAGCGUGGAUGCCAGGGAGGAACAGCUACGGAGAGGUUUCCAGCGCGUCCAACUGUACGGAUUAUCAGAGCAGACGCCUCAACAUCCUGUAUGAGAGGCAGGAUGGCAGUCUGCAGUACGCCCACACUGUGAACGCUACAGCGUGUGCAAUUCCUCGAAUGAUUAUUUCCAUCCUGGAGACUCAUCAAACCAAAGAUGGAACCGUGCGUGUUCCUCAAGCCCUGCAGCCUUAUCUGGGUCUGGAAGUGAUAGAGCAGUCAAAGUACACGCCUCUGAAAUACAUUGGACCCAACCAGAACAGUCGACCACACAGGCCUGGUCCUAAAGCCAGAUGAAAACCCAACCAGAGGACGCUACUCCACACAAAUGGAUAGAAAAACUAGAACACAUUGUUUCUCGUGAAACAGAGCAGUGCUGCUGAAUAUUAAAAGUAGAAAUGCUGUAUGUCCUUUUUAAUAAAAUGAAAUUAAUCAUA